GAGGGCUCUAACAAAGCGACAUCAUCGAAACAUCGUAGAGCUCGUGGGAUAUUGCUUUGAAGACAAUCUGAUGUUAGUCUAUGAUUAUAAGCCACGAAACCUGUCAAACAUAAUUUUUGAUGAAAUUGAUAUGAUUAUUGACUGGUCAAUAAGAUUCAAGAUUAUAUUGGACAUGGUAAGGGGACUCACAUAUCUUCACGAAGGUGCACAUAUGUGUAUAAUACACAGAGACAUUAAACACAGUAACAUUCUUCUGGACGAAAAUUUCAGUGCCAAGAUUUGUGAUUUUGGCCUUGCUAGAAUACUGCAAAUGGAUUUCGCCCAAUAUGCCAACAAGACUAUUUCCACAUAUUGCGAGCUGCUUGAAAAGGAUGUAACUGAGACUUCUGACCAUGUAACAACGGAACUUGGUGGAACACUGUAAAAUCGCCUUACCCUUUAACCCUUUAUAAGAAUGAAAAUGAUUAAUCUAUGCAUGAGCUGGUAAAUUUUAGGGGCCCAGACUAGGGUUUUCAUGUUGCGCAGCUGAUUAAUGCAUUUUUCUUUCCUUGUCUGGCCCUACAGGGGUUACCUUGAUCCUGAGUAUUUUAGAACCCAUCGUGCGACUGUGAAAUCAGACAUUUACAGCUUUGGAGUGACGCUGUUAAAUAUUGUAUCUGGCAAAAGAGUAACGGAAUACAUAGAUGACAAUAUGCUUACUCAGCACGCGUGGAGGUUAUGUGAAGAGGAUCGGCUUCAUCAGCUAAUAGACCAUCGGCUACUCAAUUCUGAUGGUUUAGUUAAUUCAAGCAGCAUAACAAGAACAAUUUUAACAGCUCUCUUGUGCAUUCAUGAGGAAUCCAAAAGACGCCCAUCAGCAUCGCGAGUGUUAGCAAUGCUUUUAUCGGAAGAAGAGAUUCCAAUUCCCACACGACCACUUGAAUCUAUAUAUAGUCCAGGUGAGAGUUUUCGCACAGAUAUGGUGAGUGAGGAGAGUUCUGAAUAUUGAAGAGCCAGACACAGAAAAGGUUACCUACAUCCUUCUAAAUAAUUGGAAUACUGUGU